AUGGAUUGUUUGACGCGGCAAAUCCAAGGUGAGGUGCCAUGGUGUAUGUUAUUCGCGGAUGAUAUAGUCUUGAUUGACGAGACACGCGGCGGAGUGAACGCUGCCGGAGGUUCGAGACAAACUGCGGAGUCUCAAAGUGGUUUAAGUUGGGUAGGACCAAGACAGUACAUGGAGUGUAAGUUCGGUGACGUGACCAAUGAGGUCGGCGUGGAAGUGACGCUUGGUACCUGUGCCAUUCAAAAGAAAGGAAGCUUCAAAUAUCUUGGGUCUAUUAUACCAGGAAAUGGGGAUAUUAACGGUGAUGUCUCACAUUGUAUUGGUGCAAAGGUGGAUGAAAUGGAGGCUCGCUUCAGAGUCUUGUGUGACGAAGGUGCUCGCCACCAAAACAUAAAGGCGAGGUUUUACAAAGUGGUUGUGAGACCGACUUUGUUGUACGGGGCAGAGUGUUGGGCAGUCAAGAACUCUCACGUCUAA